AUGCCGCCUGGGCUGCUGUCUCACUUCUAUAGGCUCAGUCUCCUUCCUCCUUUCCUUCCACGUGGAGAUGGACAGGGAUGGCAGGAGGCCACAGGUUCCCUUGGCAACAUCACUGAAGUUGAUGUUCAUGUUUGGUUGCCCUGCGGAGAAGGCAGGCAGCGCUUGAGAGAUGAGCUCCUUGGAAGUCACCGAGUCUGUAGGGACAGUGAUGAGCUCUGUCCUUUUGCCAGGAGGCUGCUGCCUGAGCUAUGGCAGCGUUCUGGGGGCUUGAGGGCUGGCACCUGCUGUGGGAUAGAGGUUCCUGGGCUGUUGCUGCCUAGCAACUUUAGACAACUGGGUUUCCUCAGGCCUGGUCCCUAUUUUGAGGAAAGAAGUCCGCAUUUUUUAGCCCAAUAUUAAAGGAUUUUAGUUUCUGCUGUUUCUAUAAUGGCAGACCCCAACCCACACAUUCAACAGCCAAACACCAGGCUUGUGGGCAUAAGGGAAAAUCCUUUCUAGACAUGUCCCGCGACUCUCUUCUAGACCUGCCGUGCCACGAAGCCAGGAGCCACCAGGUCUGCCUUGAGACCCCAGAGAGUUGGAUGUUCCUCACAGGAGACCUUUUUAAAAAUUGUCAUCUAUUGCGUGUUGAUUGGAUGCCAGACACUGUCUUGUAUAGUCUCACCAUCUCACAAAUGAGGGAACAAGCACAGACGGGCAAGCAACAUGCCCACGGUUAUUGCGCAUAGACACGGCAGGAUUGGGACUCAAACUGGGAUAUGUUUGAGGCUGAAGCCCUUCUACCCGAUCUUUUACAGCACAGGCUUUCAAACCUUCAACAUCAGCUCACAAUGAGAAAUCCAUUUUGCUUGUUCAUUUACUAUAUCUAACAAUACCUCCAUAUUUAUAAAACAAACCUUUCAUGAAACAGUGUACACCUAUGUACACAAGACACUGAACAUUUCUAUUCCAUCCCACCUUUUCCAUUUCAUUCUAUUUAUGAAAAGCCUAUGUUGGUUGGGAGUCACUAAGAUAGUUUAAUGGCCCACUAAUUCGUAGGGACGAACGUUGGAAAGAUACUGCCUACAGGACAUGCAAACACAUGUGUGUGUGUGUAUGCAUGUGGAAGUGUUGUGGUGUGCUGUGUGUUUCACUGACGGGUGUGUGAGGAGACUAAGGCAGUGCAGCAGACUGACUAGAGCAGCAGUUGCCAACCUUUUGGAUCUCACGGACCACCGGUUGGCGACCGCUGGACUAGAGAGUAUUCUGUAAACACAGGACUCCAGAACCCUAAGAAGAGACUGGCUAGAAGGGAGGGUGAGCUGUUAAUUAUGCCAAUUGCAGUUUGUGCUUCUCAGACUGGGAACUCUUCCCUCUCCCUGGGGCACGGUCACCUCUGGGGUGUCCUGAUAAUAAUUUUAGGGUCUUAAUACAAGGCUGAAAAAUAGUGUGGAGUUUCAACAGGCUUUAACAGGUUCACUUGCUUAAAUAUAUAGCACAGGGUCCUGAUGUUUAGAUGUUGGAAGGGAUCUUUUUGGUACAGAGGGACUAAGUCUUUUGCCAGCGUCCCUGCUGGUGGUCAUCCAGCCCCAGGCUCCCUCCAUUGCUUGCUGGGCUGCUGGUCCCCGAUAGACGAGUGGUGAGGAAAUGGAGGCUCGGUAUUUAUCAGGCAACCUGUCCUACUAUUAGAUUGCUUUAAAUAUAAUGAUCAUUGAUCUAGUCAACAAUCAAUUAGGUAUUAACUGAGCACCAACUAUGUACCAGGCAUGGUAUCGAGUACCAGGAAAGCAAAGAUAAGUAAGUCCUGCUUUCUGUCAUCAACUGCUCUGUGAGUAACAUGGGAUAACUCUUUCCCACUUCCACACUCCUGCUUCUCCACCAGGGCUUUGUUUGGUCAUUCAUUGCUUCAUUCAUUCAUUCAUUCAUUCAUGCAUUCAACAAGCAUAUACUGAUUAUCUGCUCUGACCAGUGCUAAAUUUGAAGAAGUUAUCAU